GGCAGGCGGGGCCAGGCACACACCUGGAGACUCCUCUGGGCUUCGGGGGCUCCAGGGGAAGAGAAGAGCAGCCUUCUGGGCGGGAGAGGAAGGGCAUCUGCUCUUCCUUGGCUUUCCCUAGAUGGAAAGGGGCAGGGAAAGGGGAGGAGACUCUCGCCCAGUAUAAAGGUUGGCAGACUGGCUGGCAAGAAGUUUAUGCUGGUGGCUGUUCGGCUCCGCCUGCCUCUGCUAAAGGUGAGUGAGGAUGAAGUGGGAAGGCUUCUACUCCCUGGUGAUCGGAGUGAACCGCCACUCCACGGCCAUCGGCCGCGUGUGGCUCUCCGUGGUGUUCAUCUUCCGCAUCAUGGUGCUGGUGGUGGCGGCCGAGAGCGUCUGGGGGGACGAGCAAGCCUCCUUCACCUGCAACACGCAGCAGCCCGGCUGCAAGAACGUCUGCUACGACUUCUACUUCCCCAUCUCGCACAUCCGCCUGUGGGCGCUGCAGCUCAUCCUGGUGACGACGCCGGCGCUGCUCGUGGCCAUGCACGUGGCCUACCAGCAGCACCAGGAGAAGAAGCUGCUGGUCAUGGCGGGCCACGGGGACGCCAAGCACCUGGAGGAGGUGAAGAAGCACAAGAUGCGCAUCUCGGGCUCCCUGUGGUGGACGUACGUCUGCAGCGUGCUCUUCCGCAUCCUCUUCGAGGGCACCUUCAUGUACAUCUUCUACAUGAUCUACCCCGGCUACCAGAUGGUCCGGCUGGUCAAGUGCGACGUGUACCCCUGCCCCAACGUCGUGGACUGCUUCGUCUCCCGGCCCACCGAGAAGACCAUCUUCACCGUCUUCAUGCUGGCCACCUCGGGCAUCUGCAUCGUCCUCAACGUGGCCGAGCUGGUGUUCCUGAUGGCCCGGGCCUGUGCCCGCCGCGUGCAGCGGAGCCGGAACCCCUCCUCGGGGAAGGGCUCCUUCCUGGGCCACAAGCACAGCUCCGAGUACAAGCAGAACGAGAUCAACCAGCUGCUGACGGAGCAGGACGGCUCCCUCAAGGACCUUCUCCGCCGCAACUCGGGGCUGCAGGAGAAAAGCGACCGCUGCUCGGCCUGCUGAGGGCCAGGACCGCCAGGCCCCUUGCGCCCCGGCCGGCCGGAGGACCCUCCACGGGCCGCCGCGGGAGGAGCGGUGGCCGCCCGGCCUCCCGGCCUCCCACGGAGCUUCGCUCGCCCUCCCGACAGCGCGCCCUGCUCCUGCCAGCCCACGGGCUGCCUGAGGCGCCCCAGCGCAGCAGAUGCGGGGCGCCUGGUGCAGCCACGGAAUCCGCCCUUCGUGGGGACUGCGCAGGAGGAGGGUGCGACUUCAGCCCCUCACCCCGCCCUGCCCCCCGUUCGCCAGGGACCGGGAAUCCUUCCCUGCGCUCUGUACGCCUGCAGUGCCUGUCAGGCUGGGAAGCCUCAGCAGCAGAGCUGCAUCGGUCCCCCCUCCCGGGCGCCUGCCGCACACGGACCCCCAACCUCCCUGC